GCAGCAGCAGCAACUUCCCUCUCGCUCAGUGGUUCUUGGUUCUUCACCCAUCAACGUUUCUUUUUUCUGCUUCUUCUUCCUCUCCGCUCGAUCAUCUGCAGUUCCACCCAGCUUGCCCACCCCACAUUGCUUCCCCGAGAUGGCUGCCUCUGGACUGGCGAUGGAGAAUCAUCGCGCGGCCACCGCCUCAAGCCGUGGCGCGGCGGAGGCUGAUGCUCGGCUCAGUUCUUCCGAAUUCCCGACGCUUGACUGUUUUGGACCCUCGGCGGCCAUGGUUCACGAUGAUGACGACCGCCAUCUACCGGCCUUGUCUGCUUCCUCCCCGUGGUCAUCUGCCCUCACCGCAACGGUCCCUUUUCCCCUCCUCGACUGCACCUCGACUGCGCCGCUCGAUCGCCGAAACAGAAGUGAGCCCUGUACAUCCGGCAUCAUCAGCGCGUCUACGUCUCCCCCUGGUUCCAAGGCACCCUUUGUGCGUGGGCAUCGUCGCCGCUCCACCCACGUUACUCGUCGUGACCUUGAGAAAUUCAGAAAGGACGUGUUGGGCCUGGAGACCUCCGGUUUUGGAUUCGACGACGACCAUAAACUCCCCCCACCCGAUCCUGCCUUAGACCCGGAGUUCAAGGCAUUGAACAGCGCUUUUGAGGCCGCAACCAUGUCGUUGAACAGCAGCGGGGGUAUCACUGGGAGUAGUCCUGGAUCGGCCAUGUUUGCCAGCUACGGGGAUAACUCGAGUAGUGUCUCGAGCUUGAAUAGCGUUCCCCGCCAGUCUCUGCCGCCUGCGAUGCCUCACACGCCUGCACAGGUGAAUGGCGGCGGGAUGCCUGGGAUGAACGGUGGAGUGCCUAUGAACGCGGGGCAUCAGAUGGACCUCCAUCACCUUUACGAUAUGGUGCUUGAAUUGAGCGACGUGUUGAAGAACAACCGCGAAAUGACGAAGAGCAUUGUGACCAGCGCCGAGGAGAUUAUGAAACGAUCUGCUACGGAGGGAACGAAUCCGAACCUGCAGCAGGUGAACGGCGAAAUCACUGGCGCCCGGAUUGCCGAGCUCGAGCGUGCCCUCGCCAAGGAACGGCGUCUUACUGAAAUCCUGAAAACCGAGCAGAUGGAGAACGCCAAGUUGAUCGGUGAAUAUGAGGCGACCCUCGGCAAUAUGGUGGAACAAAUCCGCAACUAUUGCCAAAACAACAAUAUGCACUAUCUGUCUCAGAAACGGCACUAUAACAAUUUGCUGCAAGCGGAGCGUGACUCCCACCUGGACAGCCGCUUGGACCGAGAUUACUGGCAUGCACAGACGAUGAAGUGUGCGGAGAUGAUCCGCACGGCGUACCGUUUCCGCUCGGAGGAAGAAGAGCUGCCGAUCCGCAUCGUUGCGGGCCUCCAGAAUGAGGUGCGAGCGUACCGCAAUGCCCUUGGUAUGGAGCCCGAGCGACCGGAGGACGAGUACGGAUGGGAGAUUCUCAAGGAUGUCCCGGGCAGUGCCGAAUAAGGAGAGCGCAUACCCUGGUGGUGUGCAUGAGCUAUGACGAUUGGUUACCGAUAUAUUGAUUAGACAGUGUAGGCGUUUUGGAGCGGCUGAUUCGCGGCUACGGAUUCCCGGCGAAGAUACCCAUUCUUGCAUGGCUUGUAUAACGGCCUUGGAUGCCGAUUCAGACCCAGCAUGGGCUGCGCUUCUGUGCUUGGACAGGCGCAUGUAUUUAUACUAAUCUUGAGGCACGUAUUAUUCUUUCGG